AACAGAUGUAUGAAGGCCAUGUGUGGGACAGAUAGACCGAUGCCCAGAGGUGGGGGGGGGGAGAGCUAGACGCCAUUCAGAGCUGUGGGGGGACAACAUUACACUCACAUGCGGCUAUGAAACUCUGACCAGUUCAGCGGACUGAAUGACUGAGCACAUUAAGGCAAAUACAGCUCAUAGUGGUAUUAGAUCUUGAAACGUGUUUUUGUGUUUAAUAUCUGAGCACGUUGCACAAAAGACAUUGAGGCCCAACAGGGAAAAGAAGAGAUGGAUGAGGGGAGUAUGAGUGGACUGGAGAGAGAGGUAGGAGGGAUGGGUACUGUCGGUAUCCAGGGGUUGGAGGAGAUGCACGGCGGAGGAAGCACAAGGAGACUGGCCAUGAAGAAUGAGGAGGAUAACAAGGGGGAAGGAGGAAAGGGCUGCCACUACGGGAACAUGUGGAAGGGAGGGUGGAUGCUGAGCGAGCGGCUGGCCAUCAACGUGGCGGGUAUGAGAUAUGAGACUCAGCUUCGCACGCUAGCCCAGUUUCCAGACUCCUUGCUGGGGGAUCCUCAGAGACGGCUGCGCUAUUUUGACCCGCUGAGGAACGAGUUGUUCCUGGAUCGGAACCGCGUCUGCUUCGACGCCAUCCUCAGUUACUACCAGUCGGGUGGACGCCUCCAGAGGCCCACCGAGAUCCCGGUGGAUGUUUUCCUGGAGGAGCUUGAGUUCUACCAGCUGGGCGAGGAGAUCCUGGAGCGCUACAAAGAUGACGAAGGCUUCCCUAAAGAGGAAGUGCGCAUUCUGCCCAAAGGCAAGAUAGCAAGUAACGUGUGGAGUCUUUUUGAAUAUCCCGACUCCUCGCCAUAUGCCCGCGGCGUCACCAUCUUAAGCAUCAUUAUCAUCGUUUUGUCAAUCAGCACUUUCUGCCUGGAGACGAUACCUGAGCUGCAGAGCAUUAGGCAUUCGAGAAAGGAGGAUCAAUCAGGUGCCCACAAUGACACGAGCCAGUCCAGUGGGUCCAGCUCUUUAGACUUCUUCUUCGUGACAGAAUGCAUAUGCGUCAGCUGGUUCUCUGCAGAACUGACCCUGCGCUUCUUGUCUUCACCCAGCAAGAUUGAAUUUUUAAAGGAGGCAAUGAACCUGAUUGACUUCGGCUCUAUCCUUCCUUUUUUCGUCGAGCAGUUCUCAGCUGUGACUGAAACAGGUGACGGGGAGGAGGAGGAGUCAACACUAGGCCUCUUAAAGAUCAUCAGGCUAGUGCGAGUCUUCCGGAUCUUCAAACUCUCCCGGCACUCCAAGGGUCUGCAGGUCCUAGGCAUGACCCUGAAGGCCAGCUUGCGUGAGCUGGCCCUGCUCGUCUUUUUCCUCGUCAUUGGAGUCAUCCUUUUCUCUAGUGCUAUCUACUUCGCAGAGGGGGAUAAGGAAGACACACUCUUUAUUAGCAUUCCUUACUCCUUUUGGUGGGCUUUGGUCACCAUGACUACAGUUGGCUAUGGUGACAUGUACCCUGAAACAGUAAUGGGCAAGCUGGUGGGCUCCCUGUGUGCCAUUGCUGGGGUGCUAACCAUCUCCCUGCCUGUGCCUGUCAUCGUCUCCAACUUCAGCUACUUCUAUCACAGGGCAAAUUUGACCUUUGACCCAUCGCCUUACAAGCAUGUGAAGUGCUCUUUGUGGGAGGAAGAUGACGAGGAUGAUAAGGCAAAGGAUUACUUGGCUUUGGGAGGCCUGUAUACUCCUCUGAAUGGGACUCUACCUACACAUGAAAGGAAUGAGGUUCAGCAGGUAGGAAAUGUAUACAUUAAGAAACCUCUAGUGACAGAGGUGUGAGAGUAUGAGGUUAGCAAAGUGUGCUAACUGACCAAAGGCCAAGAGCAAUUUGGUUGCAACAGAGUCUUACUGUAUGAAUACAGAAUAUCAAUAGCAGGUGACAAAGUUCAUUCACAGGGAUAGUGUAGGAUCUAUUUUUGUUUAUUGAUUUAUUUUGAUGUAUUUCUUACUACUAUACUCAAUAUUUAAUCUUAAAUUGCUUAUUAUGUUUAUUUAUUGAUUAAAUGGAAUGAAUAAUUGCUGUGCCUUAUUUAGUUAAUUGCAUUUAUGGCAGUACUGUCUAGCAUUAACUGCUGAACUAAUUAGUAAUUAGUAAUUUCGAAUGCCUUUGACAUCAUUGAAGUCUGAAUGAAUUACUGAGGUUAGGCAUUUCAAAGAUCAACAAGUCUGUAAUGGUCUACGAUGACUUUCUAAACACAGUAUAGUCGGUGACAACUCAUGUUAUAUUUUUCAUUUCACUGAAAUUAUGAUUAACUGUGCAGUACUUUUUGGUUUUCCACCAAUGAAAUCAUAUAGCAUGUGACGUUGUAUUCCCCAAUUCAUUUAUUACAUUAUAUAUCAAAACUAUGUGUGCAAUAUGUUGUGUGUAACAUUCUAUAUUUAUAUGUAACUAUUUAAUAAAAAAGAUUUUAUCUGA